CUCAUUCUUUUCAGCUCUUCUCUUUCUCAAUUGACUCGCGCUGUCUCCCUUUGAAACCAGGGCUAUAUAAUAUACCAUUCGCCCAAUUGAACCCUUCCGCACCUUUUCGCGGCUCUACUCACCGACGUUUUCUCAUUCCCAUUUUCGCAGAAUCUACCCCGCGCUCAGUCCGGUCACCGUUCAGAAUGGACCUCGUCAACCACCUAGAAGGAAGACUUCUCUUCGCAGUCCCCAAGAAGGGCCGUCUCCAACAAGCAACCCUUGACCUGCUCUCCGGUUGCGAUAUCCAAUUCCGCCGCGAAAACCGCCUCGACCUCGCUUUGGUCAAGAACCUGCCUAUCGCACUUAUCUUCCUCCCCGCCGCAGACAUUCCCACCUUCAUUGGCGAGGGUCGCGUCGAUCUCGGUAUUACAGGGCGCGACCAGGUUGCCGAACAUGAUGCGCAACUUGGCCUUCCUGAAAACGAGCCAUCAAGCGUGCAAGAAAUUUUGGAUCUAGGGUUUGGCGGGUGCAAGCUCCAGGUCCAGGUUCCGGAGAAGGGAGAUGUCCAGACUACUAAGGACCUGAUUGGUAAAAAUGUGGUGACGAGCUUUACGGCCCUGAGCCAGCAGUUCUUUGCUGGGCUUGAGAAGGAGCACGGGGCUGCGGAGAAGAAGACGAACAUCAAGUACGUUGGUGGAAGCGUGGAGGCUGCUUGUGCUCUCGGUGUCGCUCAUGGUAUUGUCGAUCUUGUUGAAUCCGGCGAGACAAUGCGCGCAGCCGGGUUAAAGGCCAUCGACACCGUCGUCGAGAGUACUGCCAUCCUCGUCAAGAACCAAAACACCACAAACCCACUCGUUGACUUGAUCACCUCCCGUAUCCGCGGUGUUAUCACCGCUCAAAAAUUCGUCCUCUGCCAAUACAACAUCCCCCGCGCCAGCCUCUCAACCGCAAGCAGCAUCACACCGGGCAAGCGCGCGCCCACGGUUACAGCUCUUGAAGAAGAUGGCUGGGUGGCUGUGAGCUCGAUGGUCGAGAAGAAGAAGAUCGCGACGGUGAUGGAUGAUCUGACUAAAGUUGGAGCUACGGACAUCUUGGUGCUGGGAAUUGCCAACUCGCGGACGGAUUAAUUUUACUUUUUGAAAACCUUUUGCGCUUCUUAUGAUGGCCUUUUUUUUGUUUGGGAUUUUUCUUGCCCUGUGAUAGAAUGUUCGGCUUCUUAUUUUACUUUAUCGUUUAGGUCUUUCUGCUUUUUUCUUAUUUAGAUAUUUUCUGGGUUGUCUGCUAUAUAUGCUGGAUCUGUGAGUUGUUUUUUUUGUAGGUGUCCACGCUUAUGCUUGGAGAAAAGUUUAGAGUGGUUGCAUUUAUGGAUGAACUGGGUAGCAG